GACUGAGGGCAGCCACACACACCAAGUCUGGGGACGGUGGCCAGGGGGCUGCCAGGCAGUGUGAGAAGCUCCUGGAGCUGGCCCGGGUGAGGUUGCUUCAGGGAAGUGCAGGAGGUACUGCUCCGAGGGAGGCGAGGCAUCUGCUCCCAGCAGGGAGCCGACUUUUCCAGCCUUUGUGUGUCCCUGGGGAUCUUUGUUUAAGACUUUACCCCGGGUGCCAUUGAGACCCAUUUCUCAGUGGCCAGCCCUGGUGGCACCAGUGAGUCACAGUGCUGAGCCAUGUCAUAGGGUGCAGUGCCCGUGUGACAGUGCCCUGGUGGAGCAGUGGUGGGUCCGUGGCCCAGGCUGGUCACCACCCUGUAGAGGCAGUUGUUGACAGAGGCUCUCAGGCUCCCAACCCCAGCUCCGCAUGUAGCAAGGACCACCCAGUACCAGCCUGGUUCCCUACGAGGGGCUCGCCCCGGGUAUCCUGCCGCCGUGGAGAGUGUGCUCGGUGGGCGGGAGACAGAUGUGGCUGCGUCACAGAGCAUCUUGGGAAGUGAGGGGCUCUCAGAGAUAAAGACCACGUCUUGGGGAAGAGCAUUUUCCAGACCGGCAGAGCAAGCAGCCGGGAAAGGCCCUGAGAAGAACACAUCCUUGGCGGUUUGGGAGAAUGACCCCGGGGGGCUCCUGAGUUUUGCUACCAGACCCUGGGGGAGGAGUACGUCAGCAUCAUCCAGGUGGACCCAUCGCGGACACAUGUGCCCUCCUCGUUGCGCCGUGGCGUGCUGGUGACGCUGCAUGCCGUCCUGCCCUACCUGCUGGACAAGGCCCUGCUCCCCCUGGAGCAGGAGCUGCAGGCUGACCCCGACAGUGGGCGACCCUCACAGGGGAGCCUGGUGCCAGGUGGGCGUGGCUGCUCAGGGGCGCGGCGCUGGAUGCGUCACCACACGGCCACCCUGACUGAGCAGCAGAGGAGGGCGCUGCUGCGGUCGGUCUUCGUCCUCAGACAGGGCCUCGCCUGCCUCCAGCGGCUACAUGUUGCCUGGUUUUACAUCCACGGUGUCUUCUACCACCUGGCCAAGAGGCUCACGGGGAUCACGUACGCGCUGAGGCCAGAUCCCCUCAGGGUCCUGAUGAGUGUGGCGCCAUCUGCCUUACAGCUCCGUGUCCGCAGCCUGCCCGGAGAGGACCUGAGGGCCCGUGUUAGCUACAGGCUGCUGGGGGUCGUCUCACUGCUGCACCUGGUGCUGUCCAUGGGGCUGCAGCUGUACGGUUUCAGGCAGCGGCAGCGAGCCAGGAAGGAGUGGAGGCUGCACCGCGGCCUGUCUCACCGCAGGGCCUCCUUGGAGGAGAGAGCCGUUUCCAGAAACCCCCUGUGCACCCUGUGCCUGGAGGAGCGCAGGCACCCAACAGCCACGCCGUGCGGCCACCUGUUCUGCUGGGAGUGCAUCACCGCGUGGUGCAGCAGCAAGGCGGAGUGUCCCCUCUGCCGGGAGAAGUUCCCUCCCCAGAAGCUCAUCUACCUUCGGCACUACCGCUGAGCCGGCGCCCGGGUGGGCCUGGACACAGAUGACCUCUACGGGAGUCCGAACGCCAAGAUUUAGUCUCAGGAUUAACCUUGCUUGCACAGAAGUUAGAACACUCUCCGUUUUUUGUCAUGUAAGAUACUAACCUAGCCACCCUGGGAGAGAACAGAAAGCUGUCCCUGGCUGCGCCUUCUCAGCCCUGGGAGGGGCGCCUGAACCCAGAAUAUUUCCCUAACCCCAACCUGGUAGGACUCAGCCACUUCUUCAGGAGUUUCACUUAUUUGGACGGGAUUUUAGGUUUCCCUCCCUUCCCCAAACCAUACAGUUGAGAAGUAAUUCAGAAGUAGGCCAGAAGACACUUUAUUCGUUUAUAUUGUGAGAAAACGGCCCAUCAGGCUUGUGUUAAGGCAAUGGACUGAAUGAGUGCGUGCUGGGUGGGGUGGGGCACGGAGGCUGGCCGGUGGCUUCAGCCAGUGCGGUGAGAACAGCAGCCCCACGGCCCCAUGGGAGGCGGCGCUGCUCUCCCCGAGGGCGGCUGGGCAGAGCACAUCCCCGAGGACUUGAUGACCACACGGGGCAGAGAGAAACCAACCAAGGCCAGCACCUCCGUCGGAAGCAUUUGGCACACACACCUUCAAUACACGUCAAGGCCGCUUCCAGUUUUAGAAAACAGAAAUCUGCAUCUCAGCCUGAGACGCACAGAGAGGUCUCUUCCUGACCCAGACGCACUCACGAGCCAGGUCCUGGGGGUGUGGGGGCUGCCAGGGGCGCCCGAGCCCUCUCCUGGGGGCCUGCUGGGCAGGCGACCUGCUGACCCAUGGUCACUGCUGUGUUCAGCCCCUCAGCUCCGCCCCAGCCUAUUUCCCGCCUCCAUUUGAUGUUUCCAGGUUUUCAAAACUGCAUUUAACCUGCGCCAGAGAGUUCGCCGUAGGCAUCUUUAAUAAACUAACUCCACCAAAA